UGGGAGGAAGUGUGCGUUGUGGAGUUGACACAACUCGACUGUACUCGAUCCUAGAAACGGUAUCGGAGCGAGUAGCAAGCUGGCCAGAGCUAAAAUGACAUGAGCCAGUACUGCGCAGUCUGCAGGGGAACUGAAGAGACGGUUCCGGGCCAUGGCCAACGUGAAGGUGGCUGUCCGAGUUCGUCCCCCGAGCUCGCGGGAGAUUACUGAUGGGGGGAAGGUCAUCGUGGAGAUUGAUGAGAAGGUGGUGAGGAUUAAAAACAUGAAGCUUGAAGGACGACCCGAUGGCCCAGCAGACUCAAGGGAGAAGGUGCUGGAAUAUGGUUUUGAUUACUGCUACUGGUCUGUAGAUCCUGCUGCUUCCAACUACACUUCUCAAGAAGAGGUGUUCCAGGAUCUGGGCACGAUAGUGCUGUCAGGGGCGUCCAAAGGCUACAAUGUGUGCUUGUUUGCAUAUGGACAGACGGGUUCAGGGAAGACCUACACCAUGAUGGGGACACCGGCAUCUGUGGGACUAACUCCAAGGAUUUGUGAGGCAUUGUUUUCAAGGUCCAGUGAUUUUUCUGAAAGCCAGAAUUCUUGCAGAAUAGAAGUCAGCUUUCUGGAGAUCUACAAUGAGAAAGUGCGUGACCUUCUGAGGAGUCCUGACAGGAAAAAACCCUUCACCCUUCGAGUUCGAGAGCAUCCCGAGAAGGGGCCCUAUGUUCAAGGUCUGUCUCAGCAUUUAGUCUCGGAUUACAAGCAAACAGUAAAUCUCCUGGAGGAAGGGAUAGCAAACAGAAUGACGGCUGCCACCCACAUCCAUGAUGCCAGUAGCCGCUCUCAUGCCAUAUUCACCAUCCAGUACACUCAGGCCAUUCUGGAGAACAACCUUCCUUCUGAAAUUGUCAGCAAAAUCAACUUGGUGGACUUGGCAGGGAGCGAGAGAGCAGAUCCCAAUUAUUGUAGAGACCGCCUAACAGAAGGCUCCAACAUCAACAAGUCUUUAGUCACCCUGGGCAUUGUUAUUUCUACCUUGGCCCAGAAUUCCCAGAUGUUUAGCAGCUGUCAAAGCAUCAACAGCAUGGCAAGUGAAGGUGAAAGCAGCAAUACGGGAAGCCAGUCAAGCUCACAGUCGGGGGGCAGCCGGCGCCACUGUUAUGUGCCCUAUCGGGACUCCAUCCUUACCUGGCUGUUGAAGGACAGUUUGGGUGGCAAUUCUAAGACAGUCAUGGUAGCCACUAUUUCUCCAAGUAGUAGCAGUUACAGCGAGACGAUCAGCACCUUGCGCUAUGCAGCCCAUGCACGUAAUAUUAUUAACAAGCCCCGAGUCAAUGAGGAUGCAAAUGUGAAACUGAUCCGAGAACUGCGAGAAGAAAUCGACCGGCUAAAGACCAUGCUGAUGAGCUUUGAACUGCGCAACUCCAGCCCCUCGCUCAGUGAAGACAGAGAUGGCCACUUUUCAGACAUUGUUAUGCAAAAUGAGCUGAAGAUUGAACAGCUGACCAAAGACUGGACGGACAAAUGGAAGGAUAAACAGGAACUUAUGGAGGAGUAUCGAGUGGACAUCAACAGGGAGCGGGAAGGAGUUCUCAUCGAUUCUCGCUUGCCUCACUUGAUAGCUGUGGAUGGAGAUGUGCUGAGCACUGGGAUAGUAUUCUAUCACCUUAGGGAAGGAACAACCAGGAUUGGAUCCAGUAGUGACCACGGGGAAACAAAUAUUGUUCUGCAGGGUUCCCCUAGUGAUGAAGAUUAUUGUGAGAUUGUAAAUGAGUGUGGAGUUGUGAGCCUGAAGCCUUGCCAGAAAGGACACUGUGCUGUAAAUGGCCAUGAAGUGACAGAACCAUGCCGGCUUGCUCAAGGAGCGGUGAUUGUUUUGGGAAAAAAGCACACGUUCAGGUUUAACCACCCUGCCGAAGCAGCCAUUUUACGUCAACGAAGAAGGCAGGUCAGUGAAGGCUUCCUUUUGCGAAGUGGAUCUUGUGAGUGGCUUGAUGUUGAAGAACUGAGCUCCUCACCUUCUUACGAUGCGUGUCUGUCUCCACAGGCCAGCAGCGAGUUGAGUGUGGAAUGCUGGGAUCAUGAAAAGGAGCAGUCCCAUGUUGCUUUGUCUUUAAGCUCUGCCAGCCAGAGACUGGUUGACCAGCAGCACUAUGUAGAGGGCCUCAGGGAGGAGCUGCUGGCCUCACAGCACAGGGAGGAGCAAGAGCUGGAGCGGGAGCAAGCGCGCAUUCUUCAGCAGCACCGCGAGAUUGAGCAGUGGCUGCUUCAAGAACAACAGCGUCUGAAAUUUUUAGAAAGACAAAAAAGAGACCUUGCUGUUCAGACAGACCAGGGCCUGUCAUCAGGAGCUGAGGUACAGAAUUCAGCAGAGAAGAGCAGCCUGAUGGAGGACAGGAAGAGACUGGUCCAGCAGGAGUUACUCCGGCAGCAUGCUCUAAAAAGGGCAGAGAAGAGGAUUAGGAGAAAGAGGCUCUGCUUUCAGCUGGAGAGGAUUGCAAAGAAACAGCAUCUGCUGGAGGCCAAGAAGGAGUUACAGCAGCUGGAGGCUGCCUGCAUGCUUACCAAGGAUACAUCUGGCUCCACGGAGACCGUUACGCCUAAAGGCUCCGCUCCUACUCUCCAGAGGAGGCAUUCAUUCUCAUCAGACCUGCUGCGCCGUCUUUAUUCCCACCAUGCACCUGUUUACAGCCAUUUGUUGAAACAGAAGAAAUCAUUUAAACCAUCUACCUCACAAGGCCACUGGAAAUCCCAGUUUCGACAGAAAAGUCUCUCUGAGGAAUGCCUUCCGGACAGGACUUCAAGUAAAACAGGCCAUAGCUGCAGCUGCAUUCACUGUGUGUCUGGAUGUAAGCUAACAUGCACUACAGGGAUAAAUCACAGUCUGUCUGUGCCCAAUUUUGCCACUUGUGUGCUUAAAGAUUUCCAAAGGAGAUCUCCUGGCUUCACAGCCAGACCAAAUAUCAGACCAAAAAUCCACUCAUCAUCAGCUUUAUAUUCACAACUUGGUACAAACAAAGAAAAGACAAAAUCCAAGAAAUCACCCAGUUUAGAAAAAGAAAAAGACACUAAAAAACACUCAAAAGGUUUUGAUCGGGUCAAAAAGCUGCUUGCCCGUUCUGUGCAGAUUAAAAAAACCCUUUCUGGGAUAUUUAAAAAAACGGUGAUUCCACGUGGACCAAUAAAGAGCUCAGGAACAGAAACCUCUAAAGUCUUCCACAGCCUGAAAAGAAAACCCGACAAGGCUGAACUCUCCAAAAUAGCCUCCUCAUUUGAAACCUUAGACCAGAUUGAGAAGCCUACAGAUGUUAGGAAAUGGCACAGCGCAGAGGUUUUGGGGAACAACGUUAAACUGGUUGAAGUAAAGCAACAUCUGAAGGACUAUAAGGAAGAUCUGAUGGAUGAUAAUCAGACGUGCUCAGAUACAGAUAGCCAGUACUCCUUGGAUUCUUUAUCUUCCACCUACACUAAAGCACUGGCAAAAAAAUUAGAAGACGACGAGAGGUCUGAGCAGGAGCACAGUGCUUCUCAGAGCGAUGACAGCCAAAUUUCUCAGGAUUCCCUAGCCGAAGAUCACUGUAAUGAAUUGAAAGCAAAGAAUAGGAAACAUACAAGGCGAUCCAAAGCCAAUGUGCAAAGACUGACACUAUAUGGGAAUAGUGACUCGCCCGAAGGCUGCCUGAUUAAAGCAGGACGAAGCAAUCUGAUGGGCAGAUUAGAUACUUGGAGAACCAAGAAGAGAAUGGAUUUGGGUCCAUUUAACAUCAAAACAGCUACCGAUGAAAUGCCCACAGAGGUGUUCUGGCAGCAUCAUAGCCCAGUGCCCGAAAGUAUUGAUACAUUAGUGCGGUUCCACUCAGACAGCUGUGAAACACUGAGAUUGACAAAAACAUUCCCUUUUCUGGAUGAAAAACAUCAGGAACACAUUUCUUGGACUAAUGAAUCCAUUUUGUGUAACAAUGUACGUGUUGAGCAAAAAGGAAGCAGUCUACCUAUUGAAUCGAAAUGCUUCAUAAACAAACUAGAUGUAUGCACAAAUCAGGAACUUUCUGUGGAGAGUUUAAUGCAGAUACCCAGAAGCCACAAUAUGGAUGACCCUGCCACACAGAGUUUGACUGGUCAUAGAACAACCUUGUUUUCUGAUCAAAUUUCUGUAAAUGGCCAGUCUGCCAGUGAGCCACAAAAAGGUUCGUUUUCAGUGCUGGUUCUAGACUCUUUCAUCACAGAGUCUGUUUUGCAAAGCACUGCUACACCAGUCCAGCCUGCUUUUAUAAGUGGCACAACUUUUAUAAGUGAAGACUCAACCAGUCUUGUUCAGAUGUGCCUUCCCGAGAACAAAUCAAAAUGUAACGAAGCUCUGGUAAGGUUCAGUUCAGAAUUAGCUGAAGUUGUGUUGGCAAAUGUGUUUGCAUCUGGUGAUCGAAAACCAGCUGAAAUUUUUAAUAAAUCUUCCAAACCUGAAAGUGAACCAGGUUUUGAUGCUUAUCACUCUAACAAAGGUGAGAAUAUCUCAUGCUGUCCCAAAGAAAAUGCCUUCCUUGCAGCAGAUGUCUUGCAUCAGCACACAUCAGCGGUUGGAGUGAUGGAGAAUGGGAUUUUUGAGUCUCAAAAUGAAACAGCAAUUGAGGACAUGCAUCUGCCACAUGUAACACUAAAGAUACAAGAGGACUGUGCACAUCAGGAAGCCUCUAAAAAUGACAUCAGUGUGAGCUCAGUUCAAGAAUAUAUGGCUUCCAGUGAUCAAUUGCUCACCAUUCUGGAACCAAUUUCUCCAGCUGGAGAAUCUAAGGACCCUACUAUGAAGGAAACAGCCAGCAUGAAUUUAAGUCAGCCUUCCUCACCAGACAAUAGCAGCAUUGACCAGUGCUAUAUAUCCGAUAGCAGCCACCCUAUUUCCAAUAGACUCCAUACAGAUCCAAAUCUACAAAUCCAAACUGCAAGUCAGCUAUUAGGGAAUGGAUACGCCACAGAACCCCAGCCCCCUUCUGUGGAAGCCCCAAAUGUUGUAAAAGCUAUAGCUAUCUGUCAUUCUAAUUUUAAUGCUCUUGGUAAUGAAGCAGAUGAGGAUUUGUCCCAACAUUGUGAUACAAACUUAAACCUUGACUCAAGAGGAACAGAGGAUCUAAUUGGCACAGUGAUAAAUUUGAGCAACAGUACUCUCCCAAGUUUCAUUUAUGCAGAAAAGACAACAUUAAUUGGGGAAGGUGAGUUAGCAGGUCAUGAAGGGGAACCUGAGACUUUGAAUGUGAUGGAGACAUUAGUGGAAAGGGCAUCAGCUGAUCAUAUGGCACCAGAUUUUGAAAACCAAAAAACGAUUACUGUCCAGGUCACUUCUCUUGGUGAGAAUGAUGACGGAUAUGGAGUUGUUGCCUCAGCUGAUCUGUCUGGUAUGAUGGACAAGAACAAAGAAAAGUAUGCGUCCUUCAUGAAGCCACAGAUUAAAACCUCAAGUUCUGAAUGCAAUGUUAAAUUGCAAGAGGAAAGUUGGUGCAGUCAUGAUAUCCAUGAAACACUAAAACAGGGAGUAGGUGCGGUUAACCAUAAAUGUAUUAUUACAUUUGCAGAUUCAGCUAUCUUCAAAAGCGGUAGUGGUACAAAAACAGAAGAAGAGUCUAAUGAUAAUCUAAAUGAUGCAUGUUCCAAACAAAUGAACAAAGCUGAAUGGAAUGACGUAUGUAUUAUUCAGAAAGCAGACCCCUCCAGAAGUAACACAUUUAAUGAACAGACAAGAGACGUAGGUUGCUCACUCACACACAGUAGUGCAAAUGAUGAGGAGCCAGGUGAAUCCAUCAGUAGACUGGAGACUGGUGAGCUGGAGCUCAAUGGGAAUUCUGGUGCUGAGAGGUUUUGGAAGGGUAAGAGUGAAGCUGAAGUGGUUAAACAAAGAGACAACAAUUGUGUACUUCAGAAAGAAAUCUUGAUCACAGAACAGCCCUCUGCAAACUGCCAAGAAUUGUUUAUACCAAAGUUAAAUUUGAUCACAUCUAACACUGAGGGCAUUACUGAACAGGAACUGGAAUUACAGAAUGUAACAUUUAAUGAUUCAGAGUUAAGUCUUCAUCACAUUACAAAUACUGAUGUCAAUACUGCGGUGGAACAUGAACCGGAAUUGGAUCGUACUCAACUUUUUGAUGAAAUUGGCAGAAAGCCCAGCAGUGAAACAGUGUAUUGUGUCGUUUUAGACAGUAUUGAUAGUAUGCAAAAUGAGAAUCAGAAGACCUUGAAUUCUUUAUCUAACAAAGAUGGUAGUAGUGAUGUAAAUGAAUUACUCGAUCAGAGUCAAGUUGCUGUUUUGAGACAAAAUCUGGAAGAGCUUACCAAGGUCAGUGGUGACAGGGAAAACUUGCAUAGAGAGUGCGAGUUGGAAGGUUUUCAGAGAAACUCCCUGUAUUGCAAAGAGACUAGUGGUAGCCAUUUGCCAGAAUCUCCAGAUACAGCUGCAAGUGGCAGAUGUCCAAUGCAUAAUAUCUGUGAUGAUGAAAUGUCCAAUGAGCAAACUGGCUUCAAUACAUUUCUGGAAACUGGAGAUAGUGAGAAUGGAGAGAGUGAUCAUCAGAUGAAAUCUUGUGACAUAGACAGAGUGCAAGACCGGACUAUAUUACCUGCACUCAAUAUUCAAAGCCAAGAAUGGGAGUUAAAAACAGUUUCCCCUGGGAGAGCAAGACAUACAAAUCUUCCAAUGGUAGAAGAUAAAAAUGAGCAAGUAGUGACGUCAUAUACCCUUUUAACAAAUCCUGGUAUAACCUCUGAUGUUCAACCUGAUUCAGAGGAACACAUGUCUAUUAAAUUAGGUGAUAGUAAUGAAUCUAACUAUGUUAGAAGGGACUUAAUCAUUGGUGCCUUUCACCAUCAUGAUUCAUCUUACUUGCAGUCUGAUACCUGGGAUCCACAAAAUGUGCAAAAGAAUGAAAAGUCAUAUGAGGAGUACUCUGCACCACAAAAUGACUGUGUCCUACAGCUUCACCAGAAGGAAAAGGAAGAGAAUCACAAUCACCAUUUGUCAAACACGCUGAAGUAUGUACAGAUAAGAAACACAUCUAGCUUUGAAUGUCAAUUUCCUAACACAUCUGACGAAGUAAAUAGAGAAGAUUGUCCAACAGCUAAUGGGAAACUUGAGAAACGGGUUACCUGUGAGUUAGCGUUAGAGGAUACACACAGCUACUGCACAGCCAGUGCCUUUGUAAAGCAUGGUGCUGAUUUAAUUAAAUUUCCUGUGCCAGAGCACAAAAGGAAUCUUGAUCAUAUUAAUAAGAAAAAUGCUCCAGAGACUGUAAAACCUGAUUGUCUGUUUGGUUUAAUAGUAACUGCAGAAAGCAGUUCACAAGCACAGUCUGAAAGCAGCCUAAGUGGUCAUGGCCCUGAAAUGGCUCACACCACGGACAGCAUAUGCCAAUCCAACAUAAUUUCCAAGAAAAGUCAAGAAAAGAACAUGUCCAGCAGCAGUUUGUAUUCAAAUAUUAUAUCUAGAGGGAGCAGUCCUUCGGUUGUAACAGAGGGGGAUUAUCUGGAAAAUAUCUGUAAUUUUUCAGAAAAGCGAGAUGAUUAUCCAGUGUCAUCUCUCGAGGGAGUAAAUUACAAGAAUAUGUUCAAACAAAGCUUACAAGAGAAAAUAACUGAGACCUGCUUAUCAGAGACUGACAGAAUUGUUCCAAGUACACAAAACUAUUUUGAUAUACGGAUGUCAAAUUCGCUUGAUCGUGUUUUUCAAGAGAUUGAAUGUAUUCUUCCAAAUAAUUUGCAUGAACCACUUCCAUGUAUUCCAAAUCAAAGUGCAGAAUUUCAAGAUACUUUGGCAGAAAUGGGACAAGGUAAUCGUCGCCUUCCUAAAGAUGAAACUGGCUAUUCUAUAGAUAAAGUUGUUGCAGUACUGGAUGUGUCCUCCAAGAGAAACACAAUCUCACCUCAGUCUGAAUCAGACUCUGUAGGGGAUUUGCAAUACAAUGAAAACAACUUACCAAUGGAAGAUCUUCCUAAGCCAUUUGCACAAACUGAAAGUGGAUACCCAUCACAUGGCGAAACCCUGGGAACUAACAAAAGCUUAAUUGGAACAGUGUACAUGGAAGAGUUUGUUGACUACGAGGCCACCCUGAACAAGUUUUUCAGUAUUGAAGAAUCUGCUAAUCAAGCUGUUCUAGAAGAAAAAUAUAAUGCUCAUAUACCUUUAAUUAAACACUCAGAUGACUUUCAGAGUCAAAUUAAUCCACCUUCUGAAACUGCUUCUACAUCCCCCAAUGGUGAUUCCUUUUCUUCUCCCAAAUUUCUAAAGGACCUACUCCGACAUGAAAAACCACAAAUCACUUUAAGUCAAGAUCAACCCCAGUCUGAAAUAAAUCACCUUGUUACACUGGAGCACAAAGCAGAGUCUGAUUAUAUGGAAACAUCUGUUGUCUGCCAUACAGCCAGUACUGAAAUGGAAAAUGUGACAGAGGAACCUGUUGAGACAAAGGAAAACAAGGAUACCACAGCAGCUCCAGCAAUCUCUCAUAAAAGCAGCUCAUUGGAAGAUCUGUGCUCCCUUUCAGGUAUUGAAUUGCACUUUAUUGAGUCUGAAAGGAGAAAGUACUCCAAAAUUGGCAAUCUGAGAAGCAUUCAGAAUGAUGGAAAGAGGAAUAGCACAGCUGACGUGCAGAAGAAGAAGCAGAGAUUUAGGCGAAUAAAGGCACAUUCUCCAGAAUCUGGUGAUUUAUCCAGCUCAUCUUCUCAAGAUUCUAAAGACAGCUCCUCACAAGAAGGUGGUGAAAGCUAUACUUUGAGGGGUUCUGCUAUAAGACCAAGCAGGUCACGUGGACUGGGCUGGGUGGAAAAUGCCAGGAUACAGCCUUGCAGAACACGGAAACAUUCAAAUUCAAAGUCUUUACCCUCAUGCCAUUUCGGUGGGACAUCAAUAGAGCUUGAUAGCACUGAUGAAGGAAUGACAUCUCCUUUGACUCCCAGCGAGGGAUUUGUAAGACAAUCAUUCAGGCAAGAAAGAGGUUGGCGCCACUUACAUGAUCAAAAGGAGUCACUUCAUUUUGGGUCUAGUGACAUUAAUCCUUAUACACAUGCAUGGCAGCAGGAAAAGACUAGCAAAACUAGCUGGAAGCAACAUAUUUUUGGAAGUGCUAGUGACAUCAUGUUCCAGCCACUUUCUCAAGGCAAAUGCAAGCAGAAAUGUUCAAGCGUGGACAAUGACUUAAAUGCUCAAAACUCCCCAUUGUACUCCCACUUGAGCUCUUAUGCAAGAACUCUGUCAAGCACUUUAAGUAGUGUUGAGGACCUUCAGGGACAAGACUCAUUUAAUUUAGGAUAUAAGUAUGAUAAGUUGCUUAACCCCAAAUGCCAAGAUAGUGCCUAUUUAGAGAACAGAAUCUCACCAUACAAGAUAGAUUCUGAUCCCCUUGAUGGUCAUUCAGUUCAAGUUGAUGAAAUCAUGCUUUUGUACCCUUCUGAGCCUGAGUCAAGUGUCAAAUCUUCCUCUGAAGGUACAGAAAAGAUAACUUGCGAUCAGUACACCCAGACAUGGACAGACAAUAGAGUGAGGAAAGCAAGUCGGCAUAGGCGCAGCAGCACCCAGGUUCCUGCAUCCAGGAAAGAAGAGGCCACUGAAUGUCCACAACCUGCUGCAUGGACCAGCCUGCAGAACAUAUCCAUCCAUCUCUCCCAACUGCUUCAUAACACAUCUGAUAUUCUGGGAAAUCUCCACAAUUUAAGAACUGUGGAUCCGCCACUCAACCACUUUAGUCCUAGCCUGUCUACAGUAGGUACCUGUAACUCCACAUAUAAUGGAAGUAGUAAGCGAGACAGCUAUACCCAGACUGUGGGACAUGUCGCUGUACAGACUGAUGAUAUACCCCUAAACAGCAAAGUGAGUGAAUUUUUGUCAGCAGAUCACUCAAAGAUGCCGCAAGAAGUUAAUGUGAUAGUCAAAGUGGUUUCUCCUGAUCUGAUAGAUGUAACCCAUGAGAAUAAAGAUGUAGUACUGAAAGUGGCAGAAAGAGAUUGGGAACCGGGUGUUAAGAUGAAGAGUCUUACUGAUCUGAGCUAUUCAAACUCAAGUUCUCUACAGAAGUCUGUAGACAUGGCUUGUAAUAGCCUCAGUCAGGCAAACUUAGUUGGCCUAGGAUCCACAUCUCCUAUGCUGCUUUCUAGCAUACUGGGUCAGUCCAGCUCUCCAAGCCCUCAGCUUCAGAUCAGCUCAGUGAGUUGUCCACAGCUGUCUAUUAAGAAAUCACCAAAGUUGCAAGGAGAUCCUGAACACUACCACAGCUCUCCCAACAGGAAUAAUGUUAAUUCUGAACAAACUAGGACGGUUGAUCGUGCCUCCUCUCCUAUUCUAACAGUGGAAGCAGGAAUCAGUAGCCAUAACAAGAAAAGCAAAUCCAGUGUAUGCCUGUUACUCCCAAAUAUGAGUGAUGAUUCAUUUCAUGAGCAAAAGAAUUUUUUUUCUUCUUCCUGGCAUGGAGACAGAGAUAGAAAUGCAACAUUAACAGAAUCAUACAGCAGUCUGCAUAAAAACAAGGAUAUGCGUAAAUCCUCCAAAGGAGCAAAAGUUGAUGGAGUGGGCAGAACCCUUGAAACAAAUGUGAGAGGUAGUCAGAGAUGGCAGUCUACUAAAAUUGAAAGUGAUUCACAAUUUGUUCAGACAGGCACUAUCCCAGAUGGAGCAGAAAAGCAUUUGCCUACAGGUGUAGGUCUCCCACAUUCUUUCAGGCAAACAACUUCAUCAUCCUGUAUGACACAGAGAAGAGGCUAUUCCAAUGCUUAUACUUCUCCAAAUGGAUGUGAUUCCUUUACUCCUCUCACAAUUUCAGAAAAUAGUGAGAUGACCAUUCAGCUUCUGGAUGAUGAUGCAGUAUCUUUAGCUCCUAGUGAGUGCAACACAGAGGUCCUACUAAAUAUAAAACCACUACAAGAUGAAGGCUUGACCCAGCCUCAACAAAUACAUCAAAAGUGUAGGGUGCCCGAAGACCUUCCAGUUCACAACAAGUUCAGCCACUGGUCAGGUGUUAACUAUCGGCCUCCAUCAAGUUUAUCUAGCUCCAGUGCUUUCCCUGUGUCAGAAUCUCUGACACACAAACUGAAGAAAUCAGGUCAAGAAGAGCUAAUGGGCAGUAGUUCAGAGCUAAGGACACUGGAUGAAGAUAGAGUCAGAGUAAUAGAAGUUCUGCGACGGGAGAGGGCACAAGUUAUGGCAGCAGUGCAACUGGAGAUGAACCCACAUCAGCUCACUGUAGAGCUCACAGAAGCCAAACUGAACUACAGCCUUGGGGAGACUGAUGCCCUGCUGAAGGUGCUACACUCAGGAGAUGAAGUGCCUGUUGGACAGAUUAAACAGCAUCUUUAUGACAGGCACAUGAAGAAUAUUGAAGGAUUGCGAAAGGAGCGGGAAAUGAGGCUACAGCACUGUCGGAGAACUCGCAGUUUGAGUCCAACCAAACAUUCAGCACUGUCAACACAGGUGGCUCGUGACGCUGAUAUGCCCAGCAGGCGUAGAGAAUACCUGCAGCAACUUCGUCAGGCUGUGGUUGACAGCACCAGGAUUCAAGAACCCAAGAAGACACCACCACAGUGCCCAUCAGACAUUGAGCAACUUAUCCGGGAUUAUGGAAAGGCAAGAGAGGAGGCUAAAACAGAAAUCGCUCGCGCUCGAAACCGGUUAAGAGAGAGGACUGAACAGGAGAAGCGGCGUCUUGAACAGCAGACCCUCUCACAGCUGCUCAGGGAUGAGCUAAAGCUCAGGAACCAGAUGAGCAGCAGCACUCUGUGUACCGGCUCCAGCCUUAGCCUGUCUUCAAGUCCAACCUCAGGCUACAACAGCAGCCACACCCUCACCCCACCUGAUGGAAGUCGGCAUAGAGUCGAGCAGAGAUCCCUGGAUGACAAGCAGCCAAGAGUAGAGACAAGAGGUCGGUCUCCAAUCAAAGGCAUAGGGCACCAGAGGCUGUCAGUGCAAGAUCUUCGAAUGGAUUCAGAUGUUAAUCUCAAUGAGGUGCCUCCUAGAGGUCAGCUGCCUACCAAUGGAAACACCAAAGCCAAUUCCUCAUCCUUUAUACCCCAGCUCUCUGGAUAUUCAGCAUAUCGGAAUAUAGCGUCUGAGACAGUUGCCAGUGUGACUGCUGAGGUUCUGGCAGCCUCAGGAGGAAAUGUGGAAAACUUGUUGAAUGGGAAAUCUGCUGGUGGCUGGAAGUAUCAGUGUCAAGAGAAGGGAGUGCAGGUCUACUACAAGUCCUUCUCCAGUCCAACCAAACACGGAUUCCUAGGGACAGGCUUGAUUGAGCAGCCUUUACACAGCCUAUGGUCUGUCGUGAGAGAUCUCUCCAAGACGAGUCUGUACGAGAAGGCCCUGAAAGCCGAGCAGGUGACCAUUGUGGAUACAGACAUACAGCUAGUGCACUUUGUGAUGAACGCAUCAGUGUGCUACUUGAAACAGCUUAGGGAUUUCUGCUGUAUAAGCGUCGAGUCCAAGCAGGAACAGCAAUUGGUUUUGGCAUUGCGCUCAGUUUUUGAUGAAAGUCUGCCCCGCCCGACCACUGAGAUGGUGCGUGGAGAGCUUCUGCCCAGUGUGUGGGUCCUUCAGCCUGAUACUAAAGACAAUAAAGCUGUUACGAAGGUUUUCUACAUGAUUCAGGUGGACUUGGGUGCACCUGCACUCCCUCAACGGCUGUUAGGUGCGGUUGCAAAGCGGCAGGCCAUGGCCAUUGUGAACCUGUCAAAUGUCUUUAUUUGAUAAGACACAUCUACACAAGAUAGUCAUCUGCAGAUCCCCAUUAACCAUUAAGUGAAGAAUUCUCAAGAUUAUGACAUCCACUGGAUUAGAUUCAGAGUUGCAUCUUCUCAAAAAUGGGACCUUCAAAAGGGAGAUCUAUGAUUAGAGUGCUUAACCAGAACCACAAAGUCAUUUGGGUGGAACAUCUAGAAAACAAAAGGUUGCUUUACAAUUGGUUUAAUCCUGGGUAUUGUAUUUUUAUUGAUUAACAGCUGAUUUAAAGUUGAACUCAAUCUGAAUGUGCCUUCUGAUAUUAAUAAUGGAAAACCAGCACUGAUAGCGACUGACCAGUGAAGCCAAGAAACUGGCACUUUUGUGGAGCCUUGGAAGCCGCAGACAUGUUGAAACCAGAUGCAGUUAUCUAAAAUUGGAAGAAGAAUUAGUUGCCAGGUGGACUUGUCACUUUUUCCACUCUAAAUUUCUUAUUUCUGCAGUACUUUUCCAGUAGCUGUCCUGUAGCAGAUGGUAUACUUCAGACCUAAAGGAGAUUCAGGGCAGUUGGAAUUUCUAAACGGUUUUGAUUUAAGUUGACUGAUCAUAAAGAUACCAAAAUCUUCUGCUUGGAUGACUGAACAUUUUUGAUUUAACUCUCUCAACAAUUUGCCAUCCAUGAAUGAAUGUCUGGAAUGGUGGUGGCAUAUUACGUUGCAAGGCUUGUUUUCAUUUCUUUUCUUCAGAAAUUAGCAAAAGGUUGGUCUCGGAAAAUACUAACAAAGAGAAAGCUAUGCUAAAUGACAGUGUCUCACCACAUCGGCAUGUAUUUUCAUAACAGAUACUUCAGCAUGCCGUUAGCAAUCAACACUAUAAGUAACUGACGGACUACAUGAGCAAGAAGAGUAUAGGCUCCUGUCCGUCAAGGUGUGCAUUCAUGUAUAACUGCUGCAUGUUUGGUAAAAUUGGGCAAUGUGAUUUCUUGUUUUGGGAAAUUGGAAAAAUGUUGUGUAAAAACCUGAGACAAUCACAGUUUAAAGCGCUGUGGUCAUGGCACCUGCAGCCAAACACUAGGCCAAGAGACCGACUGCAGGAGAGCCUCCUUUGAACCCACUUGAGAGUCCCACUCUUUAUGUGCCUCAUUCUUCCGCAGUUUUGUACAUCCUGAAGUUAUUUUAUAAUGCUGGUUUGAACAAUAACAAGCGUUUCCAGUUGUAAUGACAUUCGGAAGUGGUGGCAGCUGUUGAACGUUAGCAGUAUCUGCUUCUCAUUUAACUGAUUUUAAUUCUAGAGUGGAAAACAAAAUUUAAGCAUCCCAUUGUGGAGCAGACUCAUUUUCCUAUUCACUUUGUCUGAAUAUGUCGGCUAUAUGCUUGGAAUUCCAAUUUUUAUGAAAGAUGGGGAUUGGAGAAUAGUCAUUGAGUCUUCCCACCAUUGAAGACCUAACUAGGUUCAAAUUUAAAUUGGCAAUGAUCUGUUCUGUAAAGUCCUGCAUUCAGAUCAGUCGGAAAAAGGCCGUGGGUUCAGGUAUGCAAAGGCCAAAGCAGCUGCAUGAACAGCCUGGUGCUUUGUGGGUUUAAUAAAUCAGAGAGGGAACGCGUUUACGACACUCGAGAAAUGGCAAAUACGUCCAAAACGAGAUGUACAGAUCAAAUUGUAUUUUUUUAUGUACUUGAAUGUUGGCAAGCUCAUAAAUUAUAUUUAUAUUAUUGUAUUGUGCAAUUAAAAUGACAUGAUUGUU